UUGAGUAGACUGCUAAUAAUAUAUAGUAGAUGGGUUGGUGCAUUCAAAUCCCACGACACAAAGCCAUUCAAGUCCAGCAUUGCAUUUUAAAUGAGCCUGUGGAUAAAUGCGUGGCUAUUGUGGAGUUGGGCGAGUGUACAAUUAGCUCAUUGUUUCUGAUGGUUUACACAGAGGGAACUGGAGGAUUGCAGGAGCAAAGGCGAAACAUUCCCCUGGAUGUGUAAUGAGGGAGUUGCUGAGCACAGUAGAUGCAGCUUAGAGGACCUUCAUUCGCUCACUGGGAGACUUCCAGACAGGCUGCUAUUGUGUUCCUUUAAGGAGUGUGACGGUGGAUAACAACAGUAGCUCAUUUCUGCUUUCAGAAUUGACAGAGUCUCCGGUGCUAGAGAAUGGAGUCAAACAGUCCAAAGAAGAUUCAAUUUGCUGUGCCGUUAUUUCAAAGUCAUUUAGAUCCAGAGGCAGCUGAGCAGAUAAGAAGGCGAAGACCUACUCCAGCAUCACUGGUUAUUCUUAAUGAAUCUUCACCAGAAAUAGAUGAGAAAAGGGAGACUAAUCUGCAAGGCGAGAAUGCUGAGAUGUCACCCCAACAAAGAAAGAAGAGUGUAUACACACCUCCAACUAUGAAAGCAGAACUUCAGUUGCUGGUGGAGCACCAUCUUCAGAAACAGGAGCAACCGGACCAGGAUUACUCUGAGAGUGACCCCAGCUGUCUAGACGAGCUCAGCCCAAUGAUGACUGAGUGCUGUCACAGCAAUGGAGCCCCUGCAGACUGGGGCCCCCACAACUGCUGUGAACACACCAGCACCCAAACGGGCAUCAAACUGCUACUAAAUGCCGAGGAUGAUCCAGGCAGCAGUUCUCCUGGUGUUACAGGAGCUGAACAGGUAGCCCCCCUUAAAUGUCACGAUGAUGUGCCUCACCAGUUCUCAAGGAGUUCACAGCAACAGCAGACAGAAACAGGCACAGAUGAGCAAACUUUGAAACCUCAACGGAAAGAUACACCAUUUCAGCACCAGCCACCAUUCAUGACAGGGGUGAAACUUUUAAGGAGCAAAAAUGAAACGCCAUUCCUCGAGGAAGAAGAGGCAGCAUCUGAAAAAGAAGAGUGGUUACCAAAGACCAACUUGUGAGCAUCUCGAAGGGAAGUUUGCUGUCUUUGAACAGAGAAAGCUUUGUCGAUUAUCCUGCUUCAAAUCUGACGAAUGUUUCCGGGCCCUCAGCUCAUCACCUUCAAGAGGUUUGGGGCUUAGAAAUCUACUACUAUAAAUUCACAUUGGACUUCAGUCCAGGAAGCAAUUCUCACACAAUCAGCGACACAAACACAAAUAUGAUUGUGUUGAGCCAAAAUUCAAACCUGUCCACCAUAAAUUCACUUUGUAGUCACUUUGCCAUUAGUAAUAAUAUUGACAUUAUUGGUAUUGUUAAAUGAAUAUUGAUGUUUAUUAUUCUACUUUGAUGCAAAUCUAACCUACUGUAAAUAAAUAUUCAAGAGCUCUAAAUAAAGAAUGAAAAUAAAUU